CAAAAAAUAGUUUCCACUCCAACUCUCUUAAUAUAUUUAUCCUAUCAUGUCUUCUUCUUCUUCUUCUUCUUCUUCAACAGCUCUCCAAUGGCUAAGCCUUGUGGGAAUAAUAUGGCUCCAAUCCAUCAAUGGAACCAACACCAAUUUCCCAGCUUACUCAUCACAGCUCAAAAACGUCCUCUCCAUGUCCCAAAUACAGCUCAACAAUCUGGCCUUUGCCUCUGAUGCUGGAAAGCUCUUGGGUUGGUUUUCAGGCAUUGCUGCUAUCUACUUACCCCUUUGGCUUGUUCUUUUGAUCGGUUCGUUUCUCGGGUUAAUCGGCUAUGGCAUCCAGUUCCUCUUCAUCACAAACCAAAUCCCAUCUCCCUCCUAUUGGCUGAUUUUCUUCCUCACUGUUCUUGCUGGCAAUAGCAUCUGCUGGAUCAACACUGUCUGCUAUGUUGUCAGCAUUAGGAACUUCCCAUGUCACCAGCAGAUUGCUGUGGGGAUAACAACAAGUUACCAAGGACUGAGUGCCAAGAUCUACACAGAUAUUGUUGGUGCUGCAUUUUCUUCCUCGCCUCAGAGAAAAGCCAAGGCCUAUUUGCUUCUGAACGCUCUGUUGCCACUUGGGGUCGGCGUUGUCGUGGCGCCGUUGGUUAGAAACAUUAAUGUAAUGGAAAGACCAAGAAACAUGAAAGCUGGGUUUAUUUCGAUGUUUCUGAUAACAAUUGCCACCGGAAUCUACGCCGUGAUCAGCAGUUUAGGGUCGAUUUCUAGCGGGUUAACUCCCCUGAAAAAUGCGAUAGGUACCGGUGUGUUCCUAUUGGCCCCUUUGGGAAUUCCAAUUGUUGAGAAAAUGAGAGAAAAUUUGUCAAGAAAAUGGAACUUAAACAGAGAGAGAAGAGUGUAUAGUUACACCAUGGAGGAGAAUAACAAUGGUAUAGGGAGCUUAGAAAUUGGGGCAGUGAAAGAGGGAGAAGAGUUAGAUGGUAGGCAGGUUCAUGAGCCUUGUGUUAGGGAGGAGAUUGGAGUGAAGUUGAUGGUGACAAGGCUAGAUUUUUGGUUGUAUUUCUUUGUGUAUUUUUUCAGUGCAACACUUGGGUUGGUGUUCUUGAACAACUUGGGACAGAUAGCAGAGUCCCGUUGCUCAUCCAGGACUUCAUCUCUGGUCUCUCUAUCCUCUUCUUUCGGGUUCUUUGGGCGCCUCAUGCCUUCUCUUCUAGACUACUUCUUCUCAAGGAGCAAGUAUAUGAUUUCAAGGCCGGCGUUGAUAUUGGCAUUGGUGGUUCCAAUAGGAGGGGCUUUCUUCUUGCUUCUCAACCCAGCAAGCUUCUCCCUUUUCCUCGGCACAGCCAUUAUAGGAGUGUGCACUGGAGCAAUAACUUCAAUUGCAGUCUCCAUAACAACAGAGCUGUUUGGGACCAAGAAUUUCUCUGUGAACCACAAUGUGGUGGUGGCCAAUAUAUCAAUAGGGUCCUUUGUUUUUGGCUACUUGUCCGCUAUUAUUUACCGCAAGGAAGGAAAUCAAGAAGAUGGGAGGUGCAUGGGAAUGGCUUGCUACAGAAGCACUUUUGUCAUCUGGGGUUCUCUUUGCUUUCUUGGGGCUGGCCUAGCUUUAGUGCUUUUUGCACGAACACGAAAAUUCUACUCCCAAAAAUCAUAGAAUCUGUUUAUUAUUAUUUAUUUAAUUUUUUUUUUUUUUUUACAAACAUUAAUAGCUGGUGUACAGGGAUGACGAACUGGCCAUGUUGGUAUUUAUUGCAUCCCAAAAAGGAAGACAAAACAAAAGAAAAGAGAAGCAAUUACAGUAUAGGAGGUAGUUAGAUGUUGAUCUAGCUCUUUAGGUAGUAGCUAGCUCAUGACCAACCUUUGUUGUUUGUUACACAUGUAUUAUUAAGAAGUUUUGUAGCAUCAUAUCCAUUUUCCCA